UUUUUGCACAGGGGAGCCCCAGAUUGGGGGCUUUGAGCUGGCUUCAGGGAGGAGGUCCUCGCCCCCCCAUCCACCUUCACCCUCUCACCCCCUCCUCCUUCCGCUGCCGUCCUGCUCCUUAAAAGGCUUUUUUGAUGUUCUCCAUCCAGGAGGGUCUCCCCCGAGGUGGGCUGACCAUGAAAGAGGAGCCCUUGUCCGGAGGGCUCUCGGCCGUGAGGUCUUGGAUGCAAAGCACGGGUAUUCUGGAUGCCAACACUGCAGCGCAAAGCGGUGUUGGGCUGGCUCGGGCUCACUUUGAGAAGCAGCCGCCUUCCAACCUCAGGAAGUCCAACUUCUUCCACUUCGUCCUGGCCAUGUACGACCGGCACGGGCAACCCGUGGAGAUCGAGAGGACCUCCUUCAUUGAUUUUGUGGAGAAGGACAAAGAGCAGAAUGGAGAGAAAACCAACAACGGCAUUCACUACCGGUUACAACUGCUGUACAGCAACGGGCUUCGGACGGAGCAGGACCUCUACGUCCGGCUGAUUGACUCCAUGUCCAAGCAGGCAAUAAUUUAUGAAGGUCAAGACAAGAACCCGGAGAUGUGCCGAGUGUUGUUGACACAUGAAAUCAUGUGCAGUCGUUGUUGUGACAAAAAAAGCUGCGGGAACCGUAAUGAAACGCCCUCUGAUCCCGUCAUCAUUGACAGAUUUUUCCUCAAGUUCUUUCUGAAAUGCAAUCAGAACUGCCUAAAGAAUGCUGGGAAUCCCAGAGACAUGCGUCGAUUCCAGGUCGUGGUGUCGACAACAGUGAACGUGGACGGCCACGUGCUUGCAGUUUCCGAUAACAUGUUUGUCCACAACAAUUCCAAACACGGGCGCCGGGCACGGAGGUUGGACCCCUCUGAAGCAGCGACCCCGUGCAUCAAGGCCAUCAGCCCCAGCGAAGGCUGGACGACCGGGGGCGCCACAGUCAUUGUGAUCGGGGACAACUUCUUUGAUGGUCUUCAGGUCGUCUUUGGCACCAUGCUCGUCUGGAGCGAGCUCAUCACGCCGCAUGCCAUCCGUGUACAGACUCCUCCCAGGCACAUCCCGGGCGUGGUGGAAGUGACGCUCUCCUAUAAAUCGAAGCAGUUCUGCAAAGGAGCCCCGGGGCGCUUCGUUUACACCGCCCUCAACGAGCCAACCAUUGACUACGGCUUCCAGCGUUUGCAGAAGGUGGUCCCACGGCACCCCGGAGACCCUGAGCGCUUACCCAAGGAAGUGCUGCUGAAGAGGGCUGCGGAUCUUGUAGAAGCGUUGUACGGGAUGCCGCACAGUAACCAAGACAUCAUCCUGAAACGAGCGGCGGACAUCGCCGAAGCCUUGUACAGCGUCCCGCGCAACCCCACCCAGCUGGGAUCCCUGGCCGGGAACCACACCCACUCCAGCAUGAUGGGCGUCAACUCCUUUGGGAGCCAGCUGGCCCUCAACCUGAGCGAAUCCACACAAGGCUCUGAGCAAGGCUACACGCGCAACACAAGCAGUGUCUCCCCGCGAGGUUACGUGCCGAGCUCCACCCCUCAGCAGACCAACUACAGCACCAUCACGUCCAGCAUGAACGGCUACACCGGGGCGGCCAUGACUGGCCUCGGGGUGCCCGGAUCGCCCAGUUUCCUCAAUGGCUCCACGGCCAACUCCCCUUAUGCCAUCAUGCCCUCCAGUCCGCCCCUGGGUGCCUCCUCCAUCACCAGCUCCUCCACGCCAGGGGGUGUCUUCUCCUUCUCCCCGGUCAACAUGAUCUCCGCCGUCAAGCAGAAAAGCGCCUUCGCUCCCGUGGUCCGGCCACAAGCCUCCCCGCCGCCCACCUGCACCAGCGCCAACGGGAACAGCCUCCAGGACCAAACCUUUGAGGAUUCAGCAGACAAGUUCCACACACCGUCUCGGUCGCUCCAGGGAAUGGCUUAUACCUAAUCACACCUUGUCGGGUCUCAUCGUACCGCCCAUGUGAGCAGAGAACGGAAGAUGGAACCUCUGGAAGGAUGGACCAAUGGACUGGCACUGGAAUUGGACCCUUGAAAAGGGUGCGGCCACCCUUUCCGAGAGGCGGGUUUCUGGGGCGCCCCUCCCGGUUCCUUCCAAGCUGGCGGCGUCGUUGUACAAAGGGCUCCCCCUUCUGGUGGGAGGCUUCCGUGCAGCCGGAGAGGCAGUGGAAAGUCUACCACUGAGAUUUCUUGACCAUGAUUUGAGUUGUGUCUUCCCCAAGGCGGAGGAGGAUAACCGGGGGUGGGGGGGUGUCUUUGAGGGGCAUUCGUCACUACCACCCCUUUCUUCAUGGAGUGCUCUCCCCUUCCCUCAAGCCUCCAGAACUCCUCCUUGCCAUCCUGGUGGUGGUGGUGGUAAAUCACAUGAGGAAGGACCCCAUCAUCUCCUCUGGUUUCUCCCUUGAGUUGGCUUUGCUCCCCUGCUGCAGCCGGGACUUUCCUUCCAGACCUUCUCGUUUUGAUACCUACGGGAUUCCCCAUGUCAAGGGAGAGAUGCUCCUUUUCGAAACCGGACCCUUCUCGUUCUAAGCGGUUGAUGAUGAUUCCCAUGCUCUUGGGCGGACACGGCAGGAGAUUGGAAUCGGCAGGAGGGUGGAGGCGUUCGGUCCACCUUGGGCGGCUUCCAUCUCUCUGGCAGGAGGUCCCUCCCAAAGCAAGCUGGUUUGCGUUACGUCGACCCCUUCUUCCACCACCCCCUCCUUGCCAAUUUGGACACCACUUCCCAGCGAGGGGAACAAAAUCAGCCUUCCAAACACAACCCUGUAUGACUCCUCUCUCUCUCCUUUUAUUUUCCCCACCCCGCCCCACCUUGCAGGCUGACUCCCAAGUGAACACAACAUAAAUCCUCCAGCAUUACAAGGCUUGGCCACCGAUGUAGGUGCUAGGGCUUUUCUUCAGACAAAACAAAAAACCAGUUAAGAUUUGCUGAUGCUGGAGAAAGCUCCUCCGUCCUGGGCUUUUUGGCUGUCCGAAAAGCCCGUUUCCUAGGAGCCCCUCUCAGCCCGAGUCCUGUUCGCCCGUGUCUGGGUAGAUUUCUGGAGAAAAGCAAAAGCUUCUUGCAGGGUCAGUCCGUGGGCAGAGAGAACACUGGCGGAUCCCGCACGCUGUCCUCUGCUCCAGCCUUGGCCACAUCCCCUUGAAUCAUUCCAGAUGUCAAAAUGGCCACCCACCAAAUCCUCCUGGGGUGUCCUCUGCUCUUUCCCUCUCCCCCCCGGCCCCCCGUUAGCAGGAACACGCCAGCCCUUUUCCUCUGCUCCCUGAAAUCAGAAAGGACUUAGCACGUCAAAGCUGGAUUAAUUAAAAGUUCUCUUCAGGCAGAAAGAAGGAGGGGAAGGAGGUGCUGUUGCCAACCACGACGUGUUGCAGGAGCACCGAAGCCCCCACCGUGGCCAGCUUUGAAUAGGACCAAGGCAAGGGGCCACGGUCAGGUGGCACCGCCAUUUGCAAACAUGUUGUUCGUGGAGGUGGAGUGUGGGUCCACCCUCCCCAAGGAAACGGUCGCUUUGGGACAGUGGCCAGCCAGGUGAUUUCCAGAACCCACCGAGAUGUUGCUUGGAUCAGAAAAGGCCCGAUCCACACCUGGGAGGGGGGUUUCCGGUGGCCACCAGCCAGGAUUGCUUGCUACCAGCCUGGGCAGA